AUCCUGCGCCUCACGCGUUCAGUCAUCUCAGGCUCCACCGCUCUUCACGUCCUCGACAUCGACCGCGCGUCUGCAUGGACGCCUAACGAUCUCGACAUCUACGCCCCAAUCACCGCUGCCGCCGUCGUCGUGAACUACCUUGUCACCGUCGAAGGCUAUGAUGUCGUCGACAGUCCCGCGCCUGCGAAGUAUCCAUACCCCUCCUCCCGUUCUGGCUUCAACGCCGUCGCUCACCUCCGGCGCGGUGACAUUGAGAUCGAUGUCAUACGCUCGAACACAAUCUCCGCCUUACACCCUAUCCCCUUCUUCUGGUCGAGCCACCUCAUGAACUAUCUCACUGCGGACUCAUACUGCAUGGCAUACCCGGACGAUACGCUCGCCGGACGCGGUCUCCUCAAUCCUAUCCAACUCAUCGAGCAUCAGUAUCCCCUUCCUCGGACCAUGCGCACCAUGAAGAAGUACAGGGCCCGUGGUUACAUCUUCCGGUCCCGCCCCACCGCC